AGGAAUUAUAUCUGACUGCAAUGGAGGCCAGACUGAGAGCCAGUGAGGACACAGUGGACGCCCAGAGGACCCAGCUGCGGGAACUCCAGACACUCAAUGAAGGGAAUAAAGUGGCCUUUUCACUUUCACUUGAAACAACCACAGACAGGAAUUCUGGACCCUAUACCACUGGAAAAACACUUAUCUACAAACACAUCUUCAACAACGUUGGCAAUGCAUACGACCUUAAUACAGGCUUCUUCACCGCCCCUGUGAGAGGAGUGUACGAGUUCAGCCUCUCUGCUUACAGCCAGGGCAGCAAUGCUAUCCUGGGGUUGUACCUGCGUAAGAACAGAGAGCGGAUGGUCACCCUGUACUCCACGUUCAAGAGCGAACACAACAACGUGUCUAACGGAGCGAGUCUGAUCCUAGAGAAGGGAGACGUGGUGGAUGUGUACUUGCCAGCCAACAGAAGGGUGCUGGAUAACCAAAAUCACCACACUACUUUCCGGGGACAUCUGCUCUUCCAGAUGUAAGCACUGCCAACCAAAAUGCUGCAUCUGCAGUGCAUCAUAGAGUUGUUAGGAAAUAGUACUUAUGCAUUGUAUAUGACAUAGAUUACGUGAUAGUCCUGGCAUGCUCCUUCAAAAACAUCCCAAUGAAUAUGCUUUUAGUAAUAUUGGACACAAAACACAUGUUUUGUUUGUGUAAAGACCUUAAAUGCUGCAUUGUUGAGUUAAAUGUCUGAGACGAUAGCAAUAUUUCUUUUUGUAAUAAUGCAUAAAUCAGUUACAUCAUAUACAAAGGCAUAGAAACCCUCCCCCCCUUCCCACCCACCCCUCCCAUACCCACCCAAGAACAAGCCCUGUGGUAAACAUCUGAUUGAAUUAGGAUUAUGUAAACAAUAUUUUGCUGCUUUGUUGCACACUGAACGAACAUGAAAUUUAGAAUGUUAAUAUAUGUUUUGUGCACAUUAAGGGCCCGUGUCCACCAAUAGCAUUCUUUGAUGAUGACGGCCAUUUUCUCUACAAAUCCUAUGAUGUUCAGCGCUCGCAGCACUUAGCGCCCGCCGUGGUGCUGAUAGCUUUUUUCCGCAGUGCGCAGAGCGCUGAAAGUUGAAAUGUGUUCAACUAUAUUAGAACAGCGCUGGCCUCGUCAAUGUCACUUCUCUCUUAACGACCAAUCAAAACUUUGUAACCUAGCAACAACUAGAUGCACCGCAUAGCGGUACACAAUAUGACCGCCGCUCAGUUCUGCACAUUCUCCCCAAAAAAAUAAAUGACGCUUGUCA